AUUUCUUCGUUUCCCGACGCGGGCGUCUCAAUUAAGUCCCAGGAAAAUAUAUAUAUAUACCCCCACAAUCUGGUUGCAGCUAUCGUGUGUGAAUUUGUGAGAGUGGAGCACCCACUUUAGCUUAACAUGAGGCGAUUAGUCCCAGAUCAGUUGGAAUUCACUACUGCCGCCAACGAAGAGGGUGAUCUCUGGAAUCCCUCUCUAAAUGAUGGAGAUGUGUCAUUGCUUCCUGAUCAUCCUGGUGACCUCGAGACCAAUCCUUGGCUUAAUACUUCUUGUAAUUCUUUCAGCACUGGAGCCUCUGAAUCAGAGAGUUUUCAAGAUAGUUUUGGAGUUCUGCCGGAUGUUCUAGAUCAGCUUCAUCCAACAGUACCACUAGUGCAGGCCACGUCUAAUGCUUUGACUGAGAGAGAGGUUUUGGAUGCAGUGGUUGAGGGAAAAUCAAGUGGGAAGAGAAGGAAAGCUGAUGACUUGUUUUAUCGAGGGGGUCAAAGCAAAGGAGGUGGUGUGGUGUCUGAAGAAAUGAAGACAGAGCAAGAUGAGCGGCCCAAAAGAACGCGUUCUGCUAAAACACAUAAUAUGUCUGAGAGGAGGCGUAGGGACCGGAUAAAUGGGAAGAUGAAAGCUUUGCAGGAGCUGAUACCCAACUGUAACAAGUCAGACAGAGCUUCAAUGCUGGAUAAAGCCGUAGAGUAUCUUAAAGCCUUAAAGCUUCAUGUUCAAAUGAUGUCUACUGGUGGGGGAGCUCUGUGCCAAGUUCCAUACAUGUCACCAGCUGGGAUCCAAAGCACAAAAAUUCCCCAUUCUUUACAAUUUAUGGAUAUGCUGUCAAGGCCAGGAUUUGGAAUGGGAAUGGUUAGCGCGUGUUACUCAACAGUCCUUCCCAUGAUAACCGCUCCCUUGCCUUUAUCUCCAUCCAUUUCCCUCAGCAGCUGCAGGAUUUUAUUUGAUUUCUGGAUCAAGAGUUCUUCCAGUCCCUCAAUCGCAAGUGCCUCUCAUUGACUCACAAGCAUUGCCUACAAACACUGCCACAUCCACUGUGCCUCCACAGUUUACCAGGGAAUUGGUUACCCCAUUCAACUAUUCAAACCAAGGGGAGUCUAGCUCCCAAAGUAUCCCAACAAUUCCCAGAAAAAUGUAACCAACCUGGUUCAUCACUGACUGUGCCAGCAAGUCAUGUAAUAAAAUGAUCAGACGGCUCCAUCCUUCAAAGAUGAAGCUGGCUGCAGCUGUUCGAGUUACUGAAAGAGUCUACUUUUAUCUUUUAUGGUCACUCGGGACUUUGUAACUUAUAAUUUGCAUAACAGCGGGUGGUUGUGUUUGAUGUUUGCAGCAGGAUGAUCGAAGAAAUCCUUGACAGUGGCCUAUGAGUUUCCAAUCUCUGAACUUCUAAAAUAUGUAAUAUUAUAGUGUUGAUUCCCCAAUGCUACAUUUCUAGCUGGUUGCAUGUAUAGGUACCUUAAAUCCUAUAAAUCUUUAAAUAAGAAUAUUGUAGUGU